GCACACCAACAGUGGUGCGCAAUCUGAUUGUAGCGCCAUUGGCUGAGGAGUGGGUGUUCCGUGCGUGCACACUGCCACUGCUAGUCCCUGCAUUCGGAUGGGCAAGGGCUGUGUUGGUGUGUCCCAUGUUCUUUGGCAUAGCGCAUAUGCACCACGUGUAUGAGUCCGUCUUUGUACGAGGGGAGCCUUGGAGAACAGCACUACUGCGUGCGGCUGUGCAGUUUUCCUACACAUCUGCGUUCGGACUGUACUCCGCAUACGUGUUUCUCAAGACUGGUCAUUUCGCCGCCCCCUUGUUCUGCCAUGCUUUCUGUAACGCGUUGGGAUUUCCAGAUUUCGAGUACAUAAUUGAACAUGAGCAGAAGAAAGUGCUUGUACCAGUACUAGUUGGUGGGCUCUUGAGCUUCGUCGCGACAUUUAAAAUUCUUCUUUCCGCCGAUAAUUUCGGCAGUAUCUAUCAAAACUUCGCGUAAGUUCGUACAGCAAACAACUCCUAGAUAAUAGUAUCAUAAAUUGGAAUUAAAGCGGUGUGUGCAUUGUAUGCAUAACACAAUCGAAUUUUUACCACCAUAUAAUACUCUAAGUAAAGUAGGGC